AGCCUCGAACUUAGGGUGAUUUUAGAUUUUCAAUCUCAACUACUUAAGCUUUAUCAUAAUUUGGGGUGUGGGGUCCCCAUGGUGAGGAUUGUUUUAGAUAGUUCAUCCAAAUCAACUUUUAUGAAUUCCCAGACACCAAGGGGAGGUUUUGGGAAGAAUGUUCACAUUCUUCUUAAGAGGAAGAAAAUGCUUUUGUUGAGGAGGUUCAAGAAGAAGACCUUCACUUGGCUCUGGUAA